AUGGACGACGGGAUGGUGGACGAGCUUCCAGAGUACGUUCCAAGCGCAGGGAACCUGAAGCAGCGAGCAUGGUUCCGGUCGGCAGGACUCGGCAUGUUCAUCCACUGGGGAGUGUACAGCGUGUUGGGAAGAGGAGAGUGGGUGCUGAACAACGAGAGGAUGAAGAUGAGCGACUACGAGCAGCUUCGAGGUCACUUCCACCCCUCCAACUUCAACGCCACAGAGUGGGUUCUCCUAGCCAAGUCAGCAGGCAUGUCGUACAUAACCUUCACCUCCAAGCACCAUGAUGGCUUCUGCAUGUGGCACACCAAGCAGACGAGGUGGAACAUAGUGGACGCCACCAGCUACGGGCAGGACAUCCUGCGGCAGCUCGCGGAGGCCUGCAGGGAGCAUGGCCUGAAGCUGUUCGUCUACUACUCUCCUCUCGACUGGAGCCACCCCGACUACUUCCCUCGUGGCUUCACCGGCACUGAGACGGGCCGGCCGGCCGGCGGCAACUGGAGCGAGUACCUUGCCUACAUGCACCGGCAGCUUGAGGAGAUCCUCUCCGAGUACGGGGAGAUAGCUGGGAUCUGGCUGGACGGGUGGUGGGACAAGCCGUCGCACGAGACGUGGAGAACGGAGGAGACGUACAAGUUGAUCCACCGGCUGCAGCCGAAUGCGCUGAUCGGCAACAACCACCAUCGGUCUCCUUACUGGGGGGAGGACAUGCAGAUCUUUGAGAAGGACGCGCCUGGUGAGAACACGCAGGGGUACGCUCACAGCUCGCUGCAGGUGGACUCGUCCCUGCCUCUCGAGACAUGCGAUACUCUGCAUGCCAACGGAGCAUGGGGAUACACCGGCGACCACACGCCCAAGCCCAUGGAGCACGUCGUUCGCAUGCUCGUUCGGUCUGCUGGCUUCGACGCCAACCUCCUCCUCAACGUGGGGCCCAUGCCCACCGGGGACAUCCAGCCGGAGUUCCAGCAGAGUCUCCAGCUGCUGGGGGCUUGGCUGGGGCAGUACAGAGAGAGCGUGUUAGGAACGAGAGGAGGCCCUUCGCCUCCAGCGCCAUGGGGGGUGACGACGAGGAGGCAGGGGAUCGUUUACAUCCACAUCCUUGAGUGGGCGCGAGGAGCCGACGGCGAGAAUUUACCGCAGAUGCGAAUCCCUCUUCCUCGCCUGGCGUUUGAGAGCAUCCUGUCUCUGCAAGGGGAUUCUAUCCACAGAUCCGUGGACUCCACGGGGAUAACUGAGGUCGAGGUCCAGGAGGGAGUAAGAGACGAGUACGACACCAUCAUCAAAGUGUCGAUAGACGACAAGGCAUGA